GCAGUGUCUAAUUGUAAUUCCAAGUACAGUUGGAAGAGCCCAGGGAAAAUAUUUUUUUUUGUUCGCUUAGAAUUAGAACACCUUAUAUAAUUACUUUAUAAACUGCAAAUUACGGUGCCGAUAUAAAAAUAAUAACUACUAAACAACGUCGAAUAUACUGCCCUCAGCAUUUUUCAAUAAAACUUUGUCUGACCCCAUUUAUGAGUAAUUAAUGCACGUUUUGCCAUUUUACUUUGUAAAAAAAAUUUCCAAUGAACAUAUACAACAAUAAAUUAGUCUUAGUAUAAUUACAACCAAACCGCAAUUAUGAAAAGGUUCACAUUUUUUUAUUGUCUUGUUCUUAUUGCUGUAUUCGCGAGAAGUUCAGCUAUAAUAACUAAUGAUAUCGAAGAAAACCAAGAAGAUCAGAGCAAAUCUCAGACGUUACAGGAAGCGGAAAUUGCGAGACCAGAAGAUACCCCCUGUACCUGCGGCGUGUUUUUGAGCAGCCAGUUCAAAAGGGGCUCGAAGGACCAGCCCAAGGGGGACCCGGUACUGACGCAGGAAAUCGACGCGCCAUUCAUGAACAACGCCUUCGGAAAUAAACAGUGCACGCACAGGUGUCUGGAGAUGAUUGUUAAGCAUUUGCCCAAAAGCAGUGACAUAAUAUGCGGUACCGUAGACAAGGAAAAGGUCUACCGAGAAAAGGCUUCCCUGUUUGUUAGAAACCACAGCGAAAAAUGGCACCCCACCAGCUUUUCUGCAGGAAGAGAGUUUUGUUGCAAAGACUAUGCGCCAGUAAAAUGUUCAGAAAUGUCCUAAAAAUUGACAAAGAUAAAAAUUACAAAAAAUAACUAUAUAUUUUUGUUUGUUUAGUAUUACCAGUGUAUCCACUGCCAACUUCAUCAAAAUAAACCAUUUGAUUGGUUAAAAAGUACUGGUAUAAACUUUUCGAUAAUAAUUAUCAAACUUGUAGUUACCUAUAAAAUGUAUAAAAUUACAAUAAAUCGGAAAAACAAU